AGAAGGUGGUUGCUAGUGCCUUGAAAAAAGUUCUUCAGCUGAGGAGAGAUCUGCAUGAGCAUGAGGACCAUGACCAACCUGUACAAAAAUACUGACUGGUCACAGAAAACUCUGGAAGGGCCAAUCAGUCUAGCAAAGAAACAGGUGAUGAAGUGCAAGAUGAAUGUUAUUUCCAUGGAGCAUCUGAAGUAUUAUCACAAAGAGAUGAUUAAGAGGGCAAAAGAAGGACACAUCUCAUCUUUUACAGAGCUGUGGUCACUUGUUCAGGAAGCAUUUUUACAUGAUGAGCCAGAGGAGAGUAAACUCUCAGACCAGCGCAAGGCUGUGGAUCAGGGUCAGAAUCCCUUGCCUCUCUAUGCAAUCCUCAAUGUCAAAGUGGAACAAAUCAGCACUUUUAAAUUUAGAGAAUGGGUGGAGUUCUCGCCUUACGAGGUGGGAUUCCAGAAAUAUGGAGCCUUCAUUCGAUCAGAAAAUUUUGACAGUGAGUUUUUCAUGGGGAGGUUGGUGAAGAAGCUCCCAGAGUCUCGGAUCUGCUUUCUGGAAGGUAUCUGGACUAAUGUUUUUACUCGGAAUUUGCUGGAUAGCUUAUACUGGUCCUCAAAUUCAGAUGAAUUCUGGGACCAUUGGGCCAAAGACAUGGUAGAUAUAGCUAGAGAAAAUAAUGCUUCUGAUGACUCUUCCAUUGUCAUCAAGUCUUCAUGUUCCACAUCAGGGAACCUUUGCGAAAUCUUUAAUGACAUUCUAACCACCCGCCUGCUACUUGAAGAGAGUCAUAACUUCUUGAGAGGCCUAGAAUUUUACAAGGACUAUCUCCAACAGAGAGGAUUUAUUGACUGGAAAGACACUGUGCUGGACGUAUCCCCUAACAAACUGACUCCACAGGAGAAACAUCUCUGCCUAAUAGAUGUUGGCUAUUUCAUUAACACCAGUUGCCCACCACUUCUCAAGCCAGAGAGGAACGUGGAUGUCAUCAUCUCACUUGAUUACUCGAUGGGCAAUAUGUUCCAGCAAUUAGAGAUGACAUACAGAUAUUGCAAAACGCAAGGAAUCCCAUUCCCCAAAAUUGAGCUGAGUGAGGAAGACAAGAAGAAUCCCAAGGAAUGUUACGUGUUUUCAGAGGCAGAGAACCCCAGAGCUCCCACAGUGCUCCACUUCCCCUUGGUGAACAACACUUUCAAGGACUACAAGGAACCUGGGGUGAAGCGCAGUCCCUUGGAGAUGAAGGAUGGUGAUAUAAAUUUGACCAACAAUAACUCACCAUAUUAUUUUACAAAACUGGUGUACUCUGCUGAAGACUUUGACAAACUGGUGAAUCUGAGUAGCUACAACAUCCUCAAUAACAAAGACCUGAUUCUACAGGCCAUCCAGAGAGCUAUGGCAUGGAGGAGAACCGGCAUGAGUGGAUGUUUAACCACUGGUUCUGAAGUUCAAUCUGCCUAGGCAGUAUUUCUGCAUCAUCUACCUGCUAUAGGUUUAGUGUUCUACCAA